GCACGCCUUCAUGUGCCAUUGUGAACUACAUUUUUACAUCAUAAGAAGACGUGACUUGUAAAGCAGUCUUAGGUCCACGUUUUGAAAUGCUCCUGAGUUAGAACAACAGGUUUUCUUGAAUCCUAAACAUCACGUAAACGUAACACGCCACAAUCAAUGCAAAUUCCUAAUUUCUCAGCUUUGUUAACAAUUUCUCUGCAUAUCAAACAGCUGAAGCAAAUUCAUGGCUCAAUUCUAGCGAAUGGUCUUGAUCAUCUUGAACCUAUAUUAAUUCGGCAAAUAAUCGUUUCUUCAGGCGGUUUUCAUCAAACCCAUGUUACCCAAUACGUUAAAACAAUCCUAAAUCAUACCCAACAUCGAGAUGUUUCCCCAUUGGGUUAUGCUAUUAGGUUUCUAUGUCAGCAUGGCCAGUUCCAGGACGCUGUCAUUUUCUACGUGCAGCUUCAGAGAUCUGGGGUGUUUCCCAACACAUAUGCUUUAUCAUCUAUACCAAAGGCCUAUGGUAAAAUCAAUUGUAAAAAUGGGGGGAUGUCAGUUCAUUGUCAAGUUCAUAAAUAUGGCUUUGCCAGUGUUGUUUAUGUACAAACAGCCCUUUUGGACUUUUACUCGAAAAUGGGUGAUAUUAAGACAGCCCAUAAGGUGUUUGACGAAAUGAGUGAUAGAAAUAUUGUUUCAUGGAAUGCUGUAAUAUCUGGUUAUGUGAAAUUCGGAGAGUUAGAAAUGGCUCAAUCUGUGUUUGAUAGAAUGCCUGAGAGAGAUAUAGUAUCGUGGAAUGCAAUUUUGUUGGGAUAUGCCAAGGCAGGGAAAAUGGAUCAGGCGUAUGUUUUGUUUAAAGAGAUGCCAGAGAGGGGCGCUUCAUCUUGGAAUGUGAUGAUUCGUGGGUACAUAGAUCGCGGGAACAUAGAAUUAGCACGUGGGUUCUUUGAUGCAAUGCCGAAAAGAAACAGCAUUUCAUAUAUCACUAUGAUAUCUGCAUAUUCGAAAUGUGGGGAUGUUGAGUCUGCUGAAAAGAUCUUUUAUGAGGAGGAAAAGAAAGACCAGCUGUUGUAUAAUGCCAUGUUAGCUUGUUAUGCACAGAAUGGCCGACCGAAAGAGGCUCUUCAUCUAUUUGAUGAGAUGCUUCAACCAAUUCUGAAUAUUCAGCCUGAUAAAAUGACGUUGGCUAGUGCUAUAUCUGCUUGUUCUCAACUGGGAGAUUCAAAUAUGGGGAGUCGGAUUGAGUCAUACAUGGGUGAAUUUGGAAUCAGAAUGGACAAUUAUCUCUCCACGGCCUUAAUUGACAUGCAUGCAAAAUGCGGAAGUAUUGACAAAGCUAUUGAGUUAUUUCACAGGUUAGAAAAGAAGGACAUAGUUGCUUACAGCGCAAUAAUUUUGGGUUGUGGAAUUAAUGGUAGGGGACAAGAUGCGAUUAAGUUAUUUGAGGAGAUGAUAGAUUCUAAUAUCUCUCCUAACUCAGCUACAAUCACGGGAAUAUUGUCUGCAUACAAUCAUGCUGGUUUGGUCGAAGAAGGCUACGAUUGCUUUGAGUUGAUGCAGAAAUAUGGAAUUAUACCAUGUGUUGACCAUUAUGCUAUCAUGGUUGAUCUUUUAGGUAAGGCAGGUCGGCUGGAAGAAGCAUAUGAGUUGAUAAAGAAAAUGCCAAUGCAGCCUCAUUCUGGGGUUUGGGGAGCAUUGCUUCUAGCAUGUAGCGUGCACAACAAUGUUGAACUUGGUGAGAUUGCAGCUGCUAAGUGUUUCAAGUUGGAGCCUAAUAGCACUGGAUAUUGUUCUCUUCUUUCUAAAAUUUAUGUGUCUUCUGGGAAGUGGGAUGAAGCCAAGCGAUUGAGAGAAGCCAUUGAGGAAAGAGGUUUCAAUAAGGUUCCUGGCUGUAGUUGGAUCAAGCCAGCUGAAGCCUAGGGGUCGGGAAGUUCUUAGUUAAGCCUGAAUUUAAUUUCUUGCAACUACUGAAUCAACUUGCUGCAAUUUGGCCCCCAGGCGACAGAGCUCAAAUGUUGCAUGACCUGUGUGGUUGCUGCUGCCCAUGCCCUUGGGGAAAUUCCUGGUGAACGAAUAUUUUGCUGAUCUUAUGGUUCUUCUGGCAAUUGAAGCACAGUGCCAUUGCCAGUGGCCAAAACGCAGCAGUAGCAGCUGAAACAACCUGUAUCAGUUGAGUAAUUUUGACUGAUCUACAAUCAUUGCUGCAAGUCAUCAUAUUGAAGAGGCAUUUGGUUGUUUGAAGUGUUGGAGGGACAUCGAACCUGAAGCAACUUAAGAAUAUAAAGAUUUUCACCAGAGAAGCUGCAGCAUCAAGUCUCAUUAUUGGCACUUAAGCUUUGUGGUUUGAUCAAUACUUUAGCUGAUUAACAAGUGUGACUCUUUUAAUCAGCACGAACCAGGAGAAAUCAGAUGCACUGAAGUUUCUAUUGAUGCAUCAUGUCUGGCAAUAUCAGGCUUUGAAGAUAAAAGUGAAAAAUAGCAAAUAACCUUGAGGCGUCCUUGGUUUUCCUGGAGAAAUGACUUAGAAGUUAGGUCUUUGAGCCAAAGGAGAUACCCUCUCCAUGUAUUCAACAAGUUUUGCUGUAUUUAGACUAUGGAUCUCUGUAAUCCAAGUAACCAUUUCUAUUUUGUCUUAGAAAACAUAUUGUAGUCUACCGUAGAACGGAGAUUGUAACAGAAAAGAAAUUGUAGGCUCUUAAAGAUGUGAUAAAAAUAAAUUACGGGCAA